AUCUAUAAGGAGUAUUAUACAGUAUUAUUUUCCGCCAUUUAACACAAGUUGGUCACCUGUUUAAAAAAAGGGGGCUAAGUGGGUUAGCCCACUUCUUUUCGAUUUUCAAUAGGAUAGCCCGCCGUUGAAUUGCAAUGUUUGCGCUACGACAUUUGCUGAGGAGCAGAAAGCAUUUUCCAUACGCUUAUGCGGCGACAACAACAACAACAAAAAGCAUGCUGCCAGUGCCAGCUGUGCCGGCGCGUGUUCUUAUUGGACUCCACACAGACAGCGAUUACCGCAAUGGGAGGCUAUCAAAGGUCCAGGAGGUCUGUUGUCGCAAGAUGACCACGCUGCCCUCAUCCAAGAAGCCGGAAUCGCUGCUCGAAGAGCUGUCUGCAGCUGCGAAACCGUAUGCCCAGCUGAUGCGGAUUGAUCGACCCAUCGGCACUUACUUGCUGUUCUGGCCCUGUGCGUGGAGCAUAGCGUUGAGUGCAGAUGCCGGAUGCUGGCCUGACCUUACCAUGCUGGGCUUGUUUGGCACGGGAGCAUUGAUUAUGCGUGGCGCCGGCUGCACUAUAAACGAUCUCUGGGACAAAGACAUCGACGCCAAGGUGGAGCGAACGCGUACACGGCCACUCGCAUCCGGGCAGAUUAGUCAGUUCGAUGCCAUUGUCUUUCUCUCGGCCCAGCUAAGUCUGGGACUACUGGUUCUCGUCCAGCUCAACUGGCAGUCAAUUCUGUUGGGUGCCAGCUCCCUGGGACUGGUGAUCACCUAUCCAUUGAUGAAGCGGGUGACCUACUGGCCCCAGCUGGUUCUUGGCAUGGCCUUCAAUUGGGGCGCCUUGCUGGGAUGGUGUGCCACCCAAGGAAGCGUCAACCUUGCCGCAUGUCUUCCGCUCUACCUGUCCGGUGUCUGCUGGACCAUUGUCUACGACACCAUCUACGCCCACCAGGAUAAGCUAGAUGAUUUGCAAAUCGGUGUCAAGUCCACUGCUCUGCGUUUUGGUGAUAACACCAAAGUUUGGCUAUCAGGUUUUACCGCAGCCAUGCUGACGGGUCUCUCUGCGGCCGGCUGGUCCUGCGACCAAACGCUGCCAUACUAUGCCGCUGUUGGAGUUGUUGGCGCUCAUCUUGUGCAGCAGAUCUACUCCCUCAACAUUGACAAUCCCACCGAUUGUGCCAAGAAAUUCUUAUCGAAUCAUCAGGUAGGACUCAUUCUGUUCCUUGGAAUCGUCCUUGGCACACUACUAAAAGCGGACGAGACUAAAACUCAGCCACAACCCGCACUAGCAACGUCAGCAGCCAGCUCAUUCGUUCCGCUAACUCAACAACCCGAGGUUAUAAGCUGAACAAAUCCCAACUACCUGCAUUAGUGGUGUUGAAAUGAAUGUUUUACGCGCGCUUUCUGUUCGCCUUGGACCAAAGUCUAUAUAGUUAGCUAAAUAGGUUUCAUUUUGUACAUAGGCAUAGAACUUCUUUAUUUGUAGCUUAGUUUCAUCGGGUGGAUUAGGAUAAGCAUAACCAAAUGAUUGUAAAAUACCUCACAGCUUGGUAUGGUUGAGCCAUUAAUUUUAAGUGCACUCCACCAAGGUAACGUAUGGCGUAAAUCCCCAUCAACUCCUCUCCCCUGCCCACAACAGCCCAAACCCAUGCCUCAACAACAAACUGGUUUCUGUAUUAAAUUCUUACGUGUUAUUUAUUAUUAUACAGAUUUUGGUUGUGUAUCUUCAAAUGUA